AUGUCGGCCCUACGCCUCUCAGGCCCCCAAGGGUCUUCAAAGAAGAGUCUUAACAACAGUACGACUCUGGGUUAUGCAGACGCACAGGCGCGUGUAGAAUACAUGAAAACCCCCUCCAUCACAGCCACACCCAUGGUCCAGCAAUGCCAGUUCGUCAUCCCAGCUGUCAUCAAACCUCUUCUAUCACCGGAACCGGAAGUUCCUCACGCACCCGCAGUACCCGAGUACCAGCCCUAUCCAAUGCCACCAAUAAUCAUCAAAGAGGACAACAGCUGGCAACAUCUGCUGUACUUUAUGAUCUUCGCCAUGAAAAAUAGAAACUGUGCUCCACCACCCAUGCCAUACCAAUAUCCGAUGCCUGGUUACGAUAGAUUCUGUAAUGAUGCUCUUCCAUAUAUGCCCUAUCCCUUCCCCAUGCAGAACCAAGGCAUGGACACGAUGUAUGAUGAUGAACCGGAGCAAAGAGAUAAUGAAGCAGUCAAUUGUCAGAUGGGAUGCAAUUGUGGGCCAUACCCCAUAAUAUACCGUGAGAAAAGCAAUGAUUUAGACGUUAUACUGCCGAUACUGAUGCUGGCUAUGAUGGACGACGGUCCCUUUGGGCCUAUGCCCCCAAUGCCUCUUCCAUAUGCUGGUCUGAAAAAUAAUGGUGGAUGUGGGUGUGGUGGUUAUCGGUGCUAA